AUGCGAUAUGUCCGGUCGACUCAGAUACAUCGGCCUCGCCGUGCGUCCGCAGAAUCAGAGGAGCUUCGGCUUAACCGUGAACACUCCGACGUGUUCGUGAGCUGCUUUUACAAGGUGCCGCGUAGUGUUCUGCUCCGACUGUUUUCUGCCGUGAAUAUCGUGAACCCUCGAGUCGUGUGCCUUCGACAGCAGGCGUCCACUAGGCCGUAUUUGCUGGGGCCGCGCGAUGCUGAUCGUUCCUAG